AUGAUCAGGUCAAUAAUCGCCUUGAGUGCUGUUGCACUGUCUGUGAUCUCUGCCCAGAGCCCAGAGACCGCCAGAAAUAUCUCAUUCACACAACCUGUGGGUGAAGGCAUCUCUUAUGUCGCUGGUACAGAUCAGACGCUCUCUUGGUCGGCAGCCUGUAUACGCCCUUCAGCUCUAAUCUCUUCCUCGCCCGCCGAAACUCAGGUUGAUUUCAUGGAUGCGAACAGUGUCAUCAAUACAUUCUACGUCAAGAGAGUCGGUACGAUCGAUUGCUCGAAACCCGUCGGUAACAUGGUCUGGACCGUCCCUGCAGACACCAAACCCGGUAUCUACGCUCUCCGGUUGUUCUUGAUGCCAGACAGUGUGUACUCGGGUCGCUUCAAUGUUACGUCUCCCAAUGGAUCGACUGGAGGAGCUGGUGGAUCGCGUUCUCCAAAGGCUGCGGAUGUUGGUGUUACAGGUUUAACUGAUCACAGUGCUGGAUCUGGAUCCUCAACGAGUACAAUGUUUGAUCGCAAGACGAGCAGCAUGAUUGUUAUCGGUGCGGGUAUAAUCGCAGCCCUCGUAUUUUAG